AUGGCGGACACGAAACAUAGUCUCGAGGUGACCAAGGGAGGGUACAUGGAGGAGCCAAUUCCUAUGGGUUCCAGUACUUCCAACUCCAUUGAUGGCGAGAACGCAACCCUCUUGGGACCGUUCCCUACGGAAGAGGAAUGGGCAACUCUUCCUCGAGUACCAGGAAGAAUUCCUUGGACAGCCUGGACUGUCGCCGUUGUAGAGUUCGCAGAACGGUUCUCGUACUACGGAACUACCGCAGUUUUCGUCAACUUCAUCCAAAAGGAUCUUCCAAAGGGCUCUAAAACAGGUGCCGGUUUCCUCAUCAAGCCAGGAUCCGGAGCUCUAGGACUAGGACAGCGCGCUUCCACUGGAAUUACCACCUUCAACUCCUUCUGGUCAUACUUCACACCACUUUUCGGAGCCUACCUUGCUGAUCAAUUCUUCGGUCGUUACCUCACAAUCCAAUAUGCCAACGUUUUUUCGAUCGUCGGUCACUUGAUCAUCAUCAUGGCUGCCAUCCCACCAGUCAUCGUCCACCCAAACGCAGCCAUGGGUGUUUUCGCCGUCGGACUUGUCAUUAUGGGUAUUGGAACUGGUGGUUUCAAAUCCAACAUCUCGCCCUUGAUUGCUGAACAAUACAAGGACCAAAAGGCAUACGUUCGCGUUAGCAAGGCUGGACACAAGGAGAUUGUUGACCCUGCUUCAACAACCGCGCGGAUCUAUAUCUACUUUUAUCUCCUCAUCAAUAUCGGCUCGCUCUGCGGUUCUCUCGCUAUGGUGUACUCUGAGCAUUACGUCGGGUUCUGGCUGUCCUUUACACUUCCAACAAUUAUUUACUGCUUGUGCCCUCUCAUUCUCUGGAAGUUCAAGAAGUACUACACUCUUGCACCACCUACUGGAUCUGUGAUGGCCAAGGCUGCAAAGCUCAUCAAGCUUGCUUUCAAGGGUAAAUGGUCAUGGAACCUCAACACCACUAAGCGAAACCUCCGCGACGAGAACUUCUGGAACAAUGUCAAGCCAAGCGUUAUCCGAGCUAGAGGCGAUACCGUCCCCGCAUGGAUGACCUUCGACGACGAAUGGGUCGAUGAAGUUCGUCGUGGAUUCCUUGCCUGCAAAGUCUUCCUCUGGUAUCCCCUAUACUGGCUCGCUUACAACCAAAUGACUGGAAAUUUGGUCUCUCAAGCCAACACCAUGAACCUUGGCAAAGUCCCCAACGAUAUCGUUUCCAAACUCAACCCCAUCUUCAUCAUCAUCGUUAUCCCAAUCAUGGAUUUCGGUAUUUACCCUCUUCUCCGCAAGUUGGGUAUCAACUUCUCGCCUAUCAAGAAGAUCACUAUGGGAUUCAUGCUUAGUUCCGCUGCUAUGAUCAGUGCUUGUGUUACUCAGUACUUCAUUUACAAGAUGAGCAAGUGUGGAGAUGAUAUCAACCGUCUCAGCAAGACUCGCAAGGAUUGUUCUGCUCCAAUCACUGUUUGGGUCCAGGUCUUCCCAUACGCUCUUAUCGGUAUGUCAGAAGUCAUGGCUUCCAUCACCAAACUCGAGUACGCAUACACCAAAGCACCAAAGAACAUGCGCUCCACCAUUCAAGCUCUUGCGCUCUUUACUUCCGCCAUCUCAUCUGCGCUCGGUCAAGCUCUCACAGCACUUUCUGAUGAUCCUCUGCUGGUUUGGAAUUACGGAUCCGUCGCUGUUCUCGCGUUCAUUGGAGGUGUUGGAUUCUGGUUUACUUUCAGAAAGGCUGAUAAGCAGGAGGAUGCUCUUAAUAACUUGAAGGAGUCGAAGUUCAUUGGUAGAACACAGGGUGAUGAGGAGAGAGCUGGCGAGGUUGGUGUCGUGCAACAUGAUCUGUCUAAGAGUGAGAAGAUGUAA